UACAGGAGUCAUGGCACCGCCGAACCUCGAGCUGUGCCACGGAUACGAGAAGCAGUUCUUCACCAAUCACAUGGGGCAUUUCGUACUUGUGACGGGUCUUUUAAACCGGCUGACACCCAGAGGAAGGGUGGUCAUGCUAAGUAGUAGAGCCCACGAGCGCGCUCCCAGAGGGGGCAUUGCUUUUGAUAAUCUGGACGGAAGUAAAGGCUACAAUAGUAGAUUGUUCUACGCACAGUCUAAGAUCGCCUCAAUACUAAUGGCGAAGUCGCUAGCAAAACAAUUCGAAGGAACUGGCAAGACAGCAUUCUCAUGCCAUCCAGGGGUUAUCUCGGACACCAAUUUGUUUCGGUACCUACCGUCGUACGCCCAAUGGUUCAUGGACUGCUUCGGAUUUCUCCUACUUAAAACAAUCCCGGAGGGUGCCGCUACACAGACAUACUUGAGCACAGCAGAUGAUCUGGAACAGCAUAGCGGCCGUUACUUUGUUGAUUGUAAUGUCUAUCCAGAACGUCAGGAUGGUACUGAUAUGGACACUGCCGACAAGUUGUGGAACAUAUGCAAAUCAAUAGCCGCCGGAUUAUCGAAGCCUUGAUCACUGAGGCGCCCAUGCAGUUGAGCAGAACAAGCCUUAUUAUACGCAUCGAACGUGCUGGUGCUGCUCUAGGCUGUGAUUAAAUACGCAAUUCUGCAGGAAGAUUUGUAUGUUUUUGUGUGAAGGAGAUACCAGAGUAUUAAACAACUGAGAGUUGGCUAUAAAAUGAUGCAACAACG